AUGCUCUACCAGCUGUUUUCUAGCGUCGUAGACUACGCAACCUACUACCAAGCGGUCAAGUCCCUGACAGCCCAUGGACACGAGGCGGUCGGUGUUGUGAGUGUUCCAUCACCAUCCCCUGGUCUUGACAAGGGGGUUUGCGACCCUUUGACUCUGGACAGCUUUCUCCAGGUAGUCGGCAUUCACGUCAACUGUCUUCGCCCCAAGGACGUUGGACAGGUGUUUAUGUGUACUGCCAUUGAGGAGAUUCUCUUGUCUCCAACAUACGCGCAGUCUUCCACAGGUUGGAACGUUUAUACUAGGUACGACGCGGCAUCGGAAGGCGAAAUGACCAACGAUAUUAUGGUGUAUGACGCACAGACCAAUGCGUUGGCUGUUGCCAUCAUGGGCGCCACUUUCAAGAGCGUCUCCCUGAAGUCAUUGGAACGAAUUCUUUCACGACUCAAUGACACACCACACUCGGUCGUCCACAAACCUCGUCCCAUCCAGCCUGUUCAGCCUAUGCAAGCAACGCUCCCACCCACCACUCCAACACCUCAGCAAGAGGACAAGCACAUGGUCAAGAUCACCCCCAGUCAACCAUCUACAGAGCCACAUGAUGUCAGCCAAAUGCUCAGCAGCAUCAUUGAGAUGCCUGCUGAUGAGAUCACAUCCAAGAGCACUCUGGUAGAACUUGGCAUCGACUCGCUCCUGGCUAGCGACGUUUUGGUCGAGAUUAAAAGCUUAUUCGGAGUCAAAUUCUCACAGGCUGAGCCGUUGGCAUGCGCCAAUGUAGACGAUCUUGUUCGCCUCGUGCAAGCAGACUCUACCGCAUCGGCAUCUCCCCAAUCAGCAUCCAAAGUUCUCAGAUACGACAGUUUCAACACAGUCAACUCAGAGCCGGCAAUUAGUUCAGGACUUUCUGACUAUGGGACAGAUUCGCACGAUUCAUCGUGCCCUGCAGACUUUACGGACGAUGAUGGAACAAGCAGUUCAGAAUCUGACCAUGCUGAUAUGGACAAGCUGACUGAUGUCGGAAAUACCGUUACUUACACUCAGCAUGCUCGCGACACCCGAUUUUCGGGAUUCUGCAAUGACGUCUACCCCAUCCAGUCCCGGCUUGUCACGCAGUAUGUAGUGGCGGCAUUUGCAGACUUGGGCUGUGACUUGAGUGUCCUGGUUUCAGGAUCAACCGUUCCAUUCAUCACUCGAUUCGAGCCCAGGCACAAGAUGGUUGGGGAACAAUUAUACAGGAUCUUGGAGGAUUCGAAGCUCAUUGUGCGUGAUGGUCAAAACAACUAUCGCCGUACAAGCGUACCCCUCGACAAAAGUUCUGCCUUUGACCUCCACGCUGUCAUGCUCUCACAGUACCCGCAGCAUGCAUCCGAAACAAAGCUUUUGCACGCCACAAGCUCCAGGCUUUCAGCCUGUUUAACUAGCGCAGCUAAUCCAAUCGACAUCCUUUUUGGGUCUGCAGCGGCACGGGCUCUGCUCGAAGAUGUCUAUUUGAACGCCCCCAUGUUCAGAACCGGGACGUUAGUCCUGGUUGAUGUCAUUUCUUCUCUUGUGCAGACAAGCACUCGAAAGACUAUCCGCAUCUUGGAAAUUGGUGCUAGAACAGGUGGAACAACACGCCCUCUUUUGCAAGCACUGAGCCAGAUGGAGAGGCCUGACAUGAAAAUCAAGUACACCUUUACCGAUUUAUCGCCCUCCCUUGUUGCGGCAGCCAAGAGAAAGUUCACUUCCUUGGCUGCGUCCAAUGCCCGACCAGAAAGACUCAAGAUGGAGAUGCGUUUCACCACUCUCGACAUUGAGUCUGCCGACACCAAGCAUAAUGAGCAUUACGACGUCAUUCUGUCCACCAACUGUAUCCAUGUUACCAAAGACUUGGUGAUUUCCACCGGUAAUAUCCGAAAGCUGCUGGAUCCUGUUGAGGGUGGGUUGUUGUGCUUGGUGGAGCUGACGAGAAAUCUGUUUUGGUUUGAUCUUGUGUUUGGACUUCUGGAGGGCUGGUCGAGAUUCAACGAUGGUCGAAAGCAUGCCUUGGCUGAUAAGCUCAUCUGGGAGAGGUGUCUCAAGCAGGCGGGCUUUGCUUCCGUGAACUGGAGCGAUGAUGGAACAAAGGAGGGUGAGAUUUUGAGAGUCAUCACUGCCCGUGCACUGCCACAAAGCCAGCCGAGUCCAGAAGAAACGAAAAUGGAAACGAUGUGCUUUAAGAGCAUUGACGGCGUCGACUUGAUGGCUGAUAUACAUUACCCGCCGUCUGAUACUGUCUCGUCAACAACACCGCGCCCAAUAGCGAUAGCCUUGAUGAUCCAUGGUGGAGGGCACAUUAUGCUUUCGCGAGCUGACAUUCGGCCCAAGCAAACUGACCUGCUGCUCUCCAAAGGAUUUAUCCCAAUCAGCAUUGACUAUCGCCUCUGCCUAGAAACGACUUUGGAACAAGGUCCCAUGAGCGAUGCAGCCGCUGCCCUCGCAUGGGUGAGAAAGACGCUCCCCUCUCUCCCUCUGGCUAGAAAGGACAUUCACCUGGAUGGUGAAAAGGUUGUUGCGGUUGGGUGGAAUACAGGUGGCCUCCUGGCAAUGAGCCUUGCAUGGAAGUCGGCAGACUUCGACAUUAGGCCUCCCGAAGUUGUUCUUGCCUUUUACUCGCCUUCCGAUUACGGGGAUCCCUUUUGGACACGACCAAACAUUCCCGAGGGAUCAGAGAAGGUUUUCCCGGUUGAAGCUGACUUGGACUCCAUGGUCUUUGAUCGGCGGCCCAUCACGGCAUACAAUCGCAUCGGCUCAGGCGGCGGGUGA